GGGAGGGCGUGGCUUGACCAGCUGGUAUAUAGCCUGAGAGGCCCCCACGUCCACCAUCACUCCCUCCACCAUCACCAUGAACGCCAUAGUGCUCGUCCUCCUGGGUCUGGCCGCCCUGGUCGCCGCCCGCCCAGAUACCGUCCUUGACCUCGACCUCGACGACAUCCACCACGACCAGGACCUCGACGACGACACCACCUUCACCGGCACCUACAGGUGGACGUCUCCUGAAGGCGUGGAACACUUCGUCAAGUACAUCGCUGACGAAGACGGGUACCGCGUCCUGGAGUCCAACGCCGUUCCCGCCACUGCUGACGGCGUGGCUGCCAACGGCGCUCAGGGAUCCUUCAGCUCCUCCGAGGAGUUCGAUGACAGGAAAUAAAUGAUAGUGACCAUAGUGUGGAGUAGACGAGCUGUAGCCCGCUCUCGCAAGGUUCAAGAACCAUCUCGAUUGUCUGACGCUGACGAUACCUGGGUUAGGACUGAUGGGCGCUCUUCAUGGAACCCCUCAGCAGGUGCCCUCAACCCCUCACCCCAACCCCUCACCCCCAACACCAUCCCAUUGCAGCCUGCUAAGUCAAUACGACCACAAGCAGGGCUUUUCCCCUUCGCCAUAUUUUCUCAAUCCUUUCCAACUGUUUAAAGAAUUCUUUAAAUGAUUUAUUUUAAACUUAAGACGAAUAAACUAUUCAAAUAGAAUA